UUUGAAAAUGAGAGGUUUUGUUUUUUCUUGGAGGAGCCAAUGCCGACAUACAUUUACAGUUGACUGGUGACACAAAUCCAGCAACCCAUACAAACACAGAGCUCUGAAAUCUGAAUGCGAGGUUACAAAACAAGCACAACUCUACUCUCUCUCUCUCUCUCUCUCUCUCUCUCUCUCUACUCUAUUAUCUUAAACUACUCAACACAGGAGUGUUAUAAUUUGGAUAAAAAUGGGAAUUUUGGGAUCGAUUGUGAAACAUCCAGAUGAAAUAAUCCCACUGUUGAAGUUAAAAAUGGCGGUUAAAAAGGCUGAGAACCAGAUUCCACCUCAACCUCACUGGGUUUUCUGCUAUUCUAUGAUGGCUAAGGUUUCAACAAGUUUCGCCCUUGUCAUGCAACAACUUGAUCCUCAGCUUCGUAAUGCUGUAUGCGUCUUUUACUUGGUCCUUCGAGCCCUCGACACCGUAGAGGAUGAUAUGAGCAUCGCGAUGGAUGUCAAAUUGCCUAUUCUAAGAGAUUUUCAUCAGCACAUAUAUGAUUAUGAAUGGCAUUUCCCUUGUGGUACAGAGGACUGCAAAGUUCUGAUGGAUGAGUUUCAUAAUGUCUCCACUGCUUUUCUUGAGCUUGAUAUAAGUUGCCAGAUGGUAAUUGAAGAUAUGAUCAAAAGGGCAGGUGAAGGAAUGGCAGAAUACAUCUGCAAGGAGGUAAAAACAGUUGAUGAGUAUGAUGAAUAUUGCCGGUAUGUAGCAGGACCUAUUGGUUUAGGAUUGUCGAAGCUUUUCCAUAACCCUGGUCCGGAGGAUCUAGCUCCAGAGGAUCUUUCCAAUUCCAUGGCUUUAUUUUUGCAGAAAACAAACAUUAUUCAUGAUUACCUUGAAGAUAUUAACGAGAUCCCGAAACCUCGCAAGUUUUGGCCCCGUGAGAUUUGGAGUAAAUAUGUCAACCAACUGGAGGACUUGAAAUGUGAGGAGAACUUAGAGAAGGCAGUUGAAUGUUUGAAUGAGAUGGUGACGAAUUCCUUGUCGCAUGUGGAAGAUUGCCUAACCUACUUGUCUGCUUUGCGGGAUCAUGCUAUAUUUCGGGCUUCUGCUAUUCCACUAAUCAUGAGCAUGGGAAUUUUAGCGUUAUGCUACAACAACAUUCAAUUCUUUAAAGGCCCGGUAAAUAUGAGACGUGGUCUUGCUGCUAUAGUAUUUGAUCAGACAAACACAAUGCCUGAUGUUUAUGGCGCCUUCUAUGAUUUAAUGUCUAUGAUGAAAUCCAAGGUUGAUAAGAAGGAUCCAAAUGCCACCGAAACACUAAGCAAGAUUGAAGCAAUCCAGACUAUUUGCAGGGAUUCUGGAACUCUAAACACAGGGAAAUUGAACAUUGUGAGGACUAAGUCAGCUUACUCUCCAAUCAUGAAAAUGGUGUUCUUGAUUGUUUUGGCAAUCAUAUUUGGUCGUUUGUCUUCCAACCGACAUGAUGCCUAAUUCUUAAGCAGUGGUAUGGCUUAUUGUGUUGUAUGUUGUACUCACUACGGGGAUGUUGUUGUUGUUGUUGUUGUUGUUUUUGUUGUUUUUGUAAAUCCUUGGCUUGUUGUACGGGGAUGUUGUUGUUGUUGUUGUUGUAAAUCCGUGGCUUGCUUAAGUUGCUUGCAAUAAGUAGUUCCUUGCAAUAAGUAGUUCCUUGUAGGUAGCAUAUGUAUACUUUGAGAGAGGAAUGUUAUGCACACUUGUUGAUUUGUCGA